AUGGAUGAGUUUUCAAUUAUAAAUAGACUGCGGGCUCGAUUUUUGGAUACAUUUGGGGAAAAGGAUCAGGUUUAUAGAGUUAUUAGGCCUUACUAUGGUAGAUUAGAUAGUAGUUCAACUUAUUCAAGCAUCGUAAAUAAUGCUAAUGUUACAGGAAUAAGUGGAAUUGAUGUGUUCUAUCAAGAUAAUCUAGGAAAUAACAUGUUAGAAUUUUUAGAAUCACCACCGAUUACAAGUAAUUCGAUGGACACUUUUAUGUCAAAAAAUGUUGUUCACAGAAAUUAUCAUAGAUCUAAUAACUUAGUAUAUGAUAAAGCUUUACAUCAUUUUAACGACCAUGGAACUGAUUCUAUACAUAUGGAAUCCUACAAAAGUCGUUUUGGUGAAUUUACAAAUACAAAACUUAAAGAUAAUAGUACAACAAUACCACUGAUCAAUAACGGAACAGGAGAAAUGCAUAAGAACGAUGAGAAAUAUGAUAGAAACAAUGAAAAAUUUGGAAAUACCAUGCAGCAUGAUUCCUUAUAUAAUAAUUCAGAGUUUGACAAUUUUUAUAAUAAUGAAGACUCGAUAUAUAAUUACGAAGAUACUGUCCAAUCAAGUGGUUCUAAGAAGAAACUAAAUAAAAAAGCAGCAUUUCGCUUUAAAAAUAUGUUUAACAGAACUAAGAGAAGUUCAGAUAAAGAUAGUUACAUUGAAGGAGACGAAGAUGAGUCAAUAAAAUUUUCUUUUUAUAACUCCAUGAACAAUGAACCAUUAGUGAAUCACAAGAACACCAAUUCACAUGUAAGUCGACAACCACCAGGUCCAUCUAGAAAUGUUAUUUCUAAGAAUUUAUCAAAACCAAAGCUAGGUAAUAUAAGAAGAAGAAGUAUGUACUCUAUGAAUUUUGAUUAUGAUGAGAAUAUAGAAGAUGAUGACGAGGAUGAGGAUGAGGAUGAGGAUGAAACUAAAAAGAAAAAUAACUUUUUCAAUAUCGAAGGUAUAAAUACAAUAGCAGAUAAAAUAAUUUCUACUGGUAUGCAAGAUGGGAAACCAUCACUAGAUGAAUCAACAAAUAAAAACAGUGGAAAUGCUGUAAGUAAUGGUAACAUUAAUGUAUCAAAUAAUACUACCAAUAUGAAUCAUAAUAGUGGAUAUCAGAGUUAUUCUAGUGUUAGUAAUAGUAUUGGAAAUCAAGAAGACAAAAAGAUAAUUGCUACAAAUACAGAUAAUAUAAAUAACAAUAAUAAUAGUAGUAAUACAACAAUUGCAGGAAAUGUAUCAAGAUUUAAAGCACAUUUUCCUCAGCUGUCUAAAGGUAUGAUUUUAGAUUCUCAAAGAAAUAUCACUUCUAGAUCUGAUACAACAAGUGUAUUGAAAAAUGAUUCUAAUGAAGCUUUGAAAGUAAAAUCAGAUGGAGUCCCUGAAGAGAAUGUGUCUGAUCAAUAUGAAAUUACAGACAUUGAUUCUUUUAUUAAUGGGAAGGAUCUCGAUGAUUUACAUUUAAUGGAACUAAAUGAUGUUAAAGACGGUUUGCACCAUAAUAGUUUCAUGGAAAGUGAAUUACUAACCAAUAAAUAUGAAAAUGAUAUGUCAAAUAUUCCUGGAAAUUUAAUGUCUGCUACUGAAACAGACUACAUUAGUGAUGAGUCUUCUUAUGGUAAGUCAUUGUUAGAAUCGGACCUUUCAAGGGAAUUUUCAGAUAAGAAGGAUUCAUCUACUUUUUUAAGUGAUUCUCUAUCUAUAAAUUCUUCAAUUCCGCAUAAUACAAUUUCAUCCCAUUCGAUACCAUUAUCUUUAGAAGGCUAUGGUACAUACCGAAUAAAAGAUAACCUUUCUGCAAGUCAAGUGCCUGAACAAAGUAUUAUUGGUGGUAGAUAUGGAAAAUCAAUUAAAAAUAGAGGAAGAAAAGACUCAGUAAUAUCAUUACGUGAGUCUAUGCCUAGAAGUGUUUCUAACAGAAGGUUAUCGUUAGUAUCUUCGCACUUAAAUAGAAAUGGAUCUGCUUUAAAAACUUCAAUGAGAUUAACUUCGUCGAAUACUGUUGAAAAUCCAGUUCUUCCAGUGUCCUCUGAAGAUGGUAUUAUACAUAGUAUUUUUAAAUGUAAGUCUAAUAACAGUAGAUUCGAAACGCACAAAAUUGUGAAAAAGGACGAUAAACUUGCAAAUGAUAAUAAAGAGGAUCAACUUUUUUUUAUUGAGAAAAAGAUUAAUUUGAAACCACAUAAACUUGAGUCGCAUUUGACAUCAUUAUUUAAGAAAGAUCAUGUUUCAGAGGGAAGUAAAACUGAAAUGUUAGAUUAUUUUACAUUUGUAUCUGGUGAUACAGUUCCACCAAGUGAAUCUAUGAAAUUAUAUAUAUAUAUUCAAGAUUCUAAAAAAUAUAAAAAAAAUAAUUUUACAACAACAGUAAGACGUUCAGCCACAAUAUUUGAAGUUAUUGGAUAUAUUCUUUAUUUGUACAGUACAAAAUACCUUCCUGAAGAUAUGUCAGAAAAUGAAUUGGAUAUGAAAGAGAUAAUUGAUCCCAAUAAUUUUAAUUUAAAGAUUGUAGAUGAAGAUGGUGAACCAUUCGAAGAUAAUUUUGGUAAAUUGAAUCGAUUAAAUCAAAUAUGCUCAGUAUCUGAUAAUGAAGUAGUAUUAUGUAAAGCUAGCAGUGAGGAAGUAUUAAUAAAUGAGAAAGAAACACCUUUACCUUAUAAAAUAGACAUGAAAAAUGGUGAGACAAGAGAAAGAGGUUAUUCAAUUGCUUCUUCAGCAAGUUCUAAUAAAAACGAGAAUACAUUGAAUCAGUUAAGUUUUUACAAAUCUAUUAUUUCCAAACCUGAAGAUAUCAAUAAUUCAACGGAUAAAACAAAUAUUAUUGAAAUUACAGUGUACAAAUAUCCUAAUGUGAAUCCCAAAUAUAACUACACAAAUAUUAAAGUACCUGUUACUGCAAGUAUCAAUAACAUCCUUGUUAAGUAUUGUCGGUUAAAAAAUAUGGAUCCUAAUGGGUAUGCUUUAAAAAUAAUUGGGAAAAAUUAUAUUUUAGAUCUAAAUGAUACUGUGUUACGUUUAGAUGGUAAUUAUGAGAUUGAAAUAAUAUCUAAGAAAGAAGUUCGAAUGUUACAAUUAGAGAAAAUAAAACCAGACCUGAAGAAGCCUAAGUUACCAACCAUCCAAAGUAAUGAUUUGACUCCGUUGACUUUAGAAUCUGUUUCUUAUAUGAAUAAGGGUACAGAUGUCCCAAAGCCAGAAGAAGAAAUCAAAACAGCCAAGAUUACUAAAGGCAAGAAUAGUUCAAAGCAUAAAUUGGUUUCAAUGAAAACUAAUAUGUAUGGAGGAGGAUCAACUGGGUUUAGCAGCACUAUGGGGAAUAGUUUCUUUAAGAAUAAAAACACGUCAAAAAGUUCUUUGCAAGGUACAACAGAUUUUUUCCAUCAUUCAAACAGAUCUCACGGUAUAUCAGAAUACACACCUGAUAGUUCUGUGGGGAACAACUAUCAAGAUAUCUUCUCUGGUGCAUAUCAUAAAUAUAAAGUAUGGCGCAGACAGCAGAUGUCCCUCAUUAAUAAGCAUGAAAGGACAUUGGCACUUGAUGGUGAUUAUAUAUAUGUAGUUCCACCCGAAGGUAAAAUGCAUUGGCACGAAAAUGUAAAGACUAAGUCGUUCCAUAUCAACCAAGUGGUUUUGGUAAAAAGGUCCAAAAAGGUCCCAGUUAAUUUCAAACUGUACGUUCAAAGAGGCGAGGAUGAUAUCAAACGAUACUACUUCGAGGCAGUAUCUCCGCAAGAGUGUGCUGAAAUAGUCUCCCGAAUCCAUAACUUACUAACAGCAUACAGAAUGAAUCACAAAUAA